AAUAACAGGUGCCACGAAAAAAACUCCAGCAUUUGGAUUUGUGACUCAAUUGGGUGGGCCGAUGGGCCAUAUCCUCGUAUUGGUGCCGGUUCAACAACGGGCAGAUAUAAUCAAAAUCACUCAAUUAUCGUUAAUAAUACUUUGAUAAUACGGAUAGACAUACGUUGUUAACUUUUAAUGUCUAGCCAAGACAACUACUAGAAAUCCAUUACCCCACCCCACCUUACGACUGACCACUUCUUCCACCAUAAGCACACUUACACACACUAAAGCUCCAAAAUGAGAAUGCCAACACUACGUUUACUCUCCUCAACGGUUCGUCGUUCGCUGUUAGUGCCAGCGACAAAGUCGGGUUCUACUAAGAGCGCUAACAUAUCCAUUUCGGCCCCUUUAACCCCACAACAUUAUCCCCAACAUCGGCAGUUACGUUUUCACCAUUGUGCUGUAAGCAUGUUGCCUCGCAUUCCCUUCACAUCGGAUUUCUUUUUCCGUCAGCUAUUCGAUACGGAGAGUUGUACCUACACCUAUUUGCUGGCUGAUUUGAAUACCAAGGAAGCCAUAAUCAUCGAUCCUGUAUUGGAACAGGCCAAACGUGAUGCCCAGCUGAUCCAUGAUUUGGGUUUCACCCUAAAAUAUGCAGUUAACACUCACAUGCACGCCGAUCACAUCACUGGCAGCGGUUGGUUGAAGCAACUUAUACCCGGCAGUUUGUCCGUUAUAUCGACGGCUAGUGGAGCCAAGGCUGACAUUAAGAUCAAGGAAGGCGAUAAGGUGCAAUUUGGGCGACAUGCCUUGGAGUCAUUUGCUACACCAGGUCAUACCAACGGCUGCAUGACUUAUGUUAUACCAGAGCAAGGAUGCGUCUUCACCGGCGAUACAGUGCUUAUAAGAGGUUGUGGUCGUACUGAUUUCCAGGAGGGCAACUCACAAAGUUUAUACGAUAAUGUCCAUAGCAAAAUUUUCACUUUGCCCGACAAUUAUCGCAUAUAUCCAGCCCAUGAUUACAAAGGUCAGUUGGAGAGUUCUGUAUGGGAAGAGAAAACUUAUAACCCACGCUUGACAAAAUCGUUGGAAGAAUUUGUUAAUAUUAUGGAAAAUCUGAACUUGCCUUACCCCAAGAAGAUAGACAAGUCGUUGCCCGCCAAUAGAGAAUGUGGUCUAUAUGAUAUACCCAAGGAAUAGAGACUAAGCAAGAACAUAUUUAAUUUAUAAUUAUAACAAACAACAAUAAUGUAACCUAUAUUAUUUAAAAGAAAUCAAAAUGUGUCUAUAGCAAAUAAAAAUAAACGAAUUUUA